CCCUCGCCGCCGCCGCCGCCGUCGCUCCUGGGGCCCCGAUCCCAACAGGGUCGCCGGGGAUGGGGGUCCCCAGCUCCCGGGGUCUUCUUCCCGCACCCGCUCAUGUCCUCCGGAAGAGGACUCGGAAUGCAGGGCGUAUCCAUAUGCCCUGAAGAGGUUAAAGGCUGUCAAGAAAACAGCUUGCCUAUAAGCUAAUAGGGAAGCCAUGGUACUAAGAGGACUGUGUUUGCAUAACUCUGUGGAAUAGAGUCACCAGCCAGUAUAUAAAUUAAUGAAAUGACAAGGAUAUCUGGCCAUUGAGCUUAGCAGUAAUACGGGCAGCAGCUAUGGAGUACUUUCUGCGUAUUCUGGUGGCAGUGACCAUGAUAGCUUUAUGUACUGCUCAGUGUGUGACGGAGCACAAUGCAAAAAUGAAAUAUAAUAAUCAUAAACAUGUGUUGUAUAAGCAAGACAAAUAUGGCUGCAGGAAGGAUGGACACUAUCAUGAGAAAGGACAUGAAUGGAAAUCAGAUGACUGCUCAAUAUGCACUUGUCAUGCAGAUUACAUAACAUGCUGUACUAACUACAAAAAGCCAAUUUUGAAAGAUCCUGAAAAUUGUGAAGCAAUUCUCAACAAGCAUACCUGUACAGUUGAAGUUAAGCGGAAGGACCGCACAGAAAAAGUCUGUGAAAUUGAAUCUUGGAUUGCUUAAAGUUGCUGUUCUUCAGUGUUUAUGUGAAAAUGAGAUAAAUUGAACGCUCUAACCUGAGAGCUUCAGGACAACAUAUUAUGUAUCAUGGAACAGAAUAAAUUGAAAUGUUAUAAUAAAUAAAUCUUGCAAAGGAGCGUAUUUUCA